UCCACUGACGUCAGAGCAAACACCGGAAGUGAGCUCAGAGCGCAACCUUCAAAGCAACCUUCCAGAACUUUAAAGACUUUGUGGUGCUGAGAUUAUUGCAACAGCGAAGCCGCUGCAGCGGUCCGGAUCAGCGGCUCCGCCGGAACCAUGGAGCUGCUGGGUCGAACCGGAGCCACCCUGCUGUUGGGAGCGGGACUCGGAGCCGCAGUAAGCCGCCUGCUGAGCUGCAGAAGGCGGACUGAGGAGGAGCAGACAGCCGGUCUAUUGGGAUGGGUUCCGGUCCUCCCGGUACCGGAGCCUCUGACCGUCCGGGCCUCCGAACUCACCGUGAGUCCAGGUAACUCUGGAGCUGUGAUGAAGUACGGCUUUCCCUCUUUGGCCAAUAUCAGGUCCAGAGAGUCCUACGUCACGUCCUACGAUCCUCGCACACGCACUGCAUCCUGGGUAAUAGAGAAGCUAAACCCCGCCUCCCUGACAGGUGCGUCAAACAGGAAGUUCUGUGAGUUCAAAGAGGAUGACAGCGUGCACGUUUUCCACAGAGCCACCAACGCCGACUACAGGGGGAGUGGCUUUGACAGGGGGCACCUGGCUGCUGCAGCCAAUCACAAGUGGAGUCAAAAGGCAAUGGAGGACACCUUCUACCUCAGCAAUGUGGCUCCACAGAACCCUAAUCUGAACCAGAACACCUGGAACAACCUGGAGAAGCUCUGCCGCUCUCUGACCAAGCACUACCUCAAUGUCUACGUCUGCACGGGCCCCCUCUACCUGCCCAGGCAGGAGGAUGAUGGGAAACUCUACGUCAGGUACCAGGUGAUUGGACGCAACCACGUUGCUGUACCUACACACUUCUUCAAGGUGCUGAUUCUAGAGCAGGCCGACGGCAAGGGGGUGGAGCUUCGCUCCUAUGUUUUACCAAAUGAACCAAUCGAUGAGAAGGUUCCUCUGGAGCGUUUCCUGGUUCCUAUAGAAACCAUCGAGCGGGCGUCUGGACUCCUGUUUGUCCCAAACAUCAUGAAGAGGACGAGCAGCCUGCAGGCCAUCAGCAAUAACUAAACUACAGUAACCAGAAUCCCCUGCUGUAGUCUGGUGUGGCCAUGGGGGGGUGUUGUCACUUCCUGUAGUUUUUCUGUAGUUUUUUUUAUUAAAGUCAGCUGAUCUGAAAGAGUGCCA